AUGACUUGGCUAUGGCCACCUGGGCUGCAGAACAGCCUCCCUGUGGUCACCUGCAUCAAGCAUCUUGCUUUCCUUCCAGAUGCCCCCUGGUGUGGCCACUGCAAAGCCCUGGCCCCUGAGUAUGCCAAAGCAGCUGGGAAGCUGAAGGCCGAAGGCUCCGAGAUCAGGCUGGCAAAGGUCGAUGCCACGGAGGAGUCUGAUCUGGCCCAGCAGUAUGGUGUCCGCGGCUACCCCACCAUCAAGUUCUUCAAGAACGGAGACACGGCUUCCCCCAGAGAGUACACAGCUGGCAGAGAGGCUGAUGACAUUGUGAACUGGCUGAAGAAGCGCACCGGCCCCGCAGCCACCAUGUUGCCAGACGGGGCUGCUGCAGAAACCUUGGUGGAGUCCAGUGAGGUGACAGUCAUCGGAUUCUUCAAGGACGUGGAGUCGGACUUUGCCAAGCAGUUCCUGCUGGCAGCAGAGGCCAUUGAUGACAUACCCUUUGGGAUCACAUCCAACAGUGAUGUUUUCUCCAAAUACCAGCUGGGCAAGGAUGGGGUCGUCCUCUUUAAGAAGUUUGAUGAAGGCCGGAACGACUUUGAGGGGGAGAUCACCAAGGAGAAGCUGCUGGACUUCAUCAAGCACAACCAGCUACCGCUGGUCAUCGAGUUCACCGAGCAGACGGCCCCGAAGAUCUUUGGGGGUGAAAUCAAGACUCACAUCCUGCUGUUCCUGCCAAAGAGCGUGUCUGACUAUGAGGGGAAACUGAGCAACUUCAAGAAAGCCGCCCAGAGCUUCAAGGGCAAGAUCCUGUUUAUAUUCAUCGACAGUGACCAUGCCGACAACCAGCGCAUCCUCGAGUUCUUCGGCCUCAAGAAGGAGGAGUGUCCCGCCGUGCGGCUCAUCACCCUGGAGGAGGAGAUGACCAAGUACAAGCCUGAGUCUGACGAGCUGACGGCUGAGAAAAUCACGGACUUCUGCCACCGCUUCCUGGAGGGCAAGAUCAAGCCUCACCUGAUGAGCCAGGAGCUGCCUGAGGACUGGGACAAGCAGCCUGUGAAAGUGCUCGUCGGGAAGAACUUUGAAGAGGUUGCCUUUGAUGAGAAAAGGAACGUGUUUGUGGAAUUCUAUGCCCCGUGGUGUGGUCACUGCAAGCAGUUGGCUCCCAUUUGGGAUAAGCUGGGAGAGACGUACAAGGACCAUGAAAAUAUUAUCAUCGCCAAGAUGGACGCAACAGCUAACGAGGUGGAGGCCGUCAAAGUGCACAGCUUCCCCACACUCAAGUUCUUCCCUGCCGGCCCGGACAAAACGGUCAUUGAUUACAACGGAGAGCGGACCCUAGAUGCUUUUAAGAAGUUCUUGGAGAGCGGUGGCCAGGACGGGGCAGGGGAUGGCGAUGAUCUGGAAGAUCUAGAGGAAGCAGAGGAGCCCGACUUGGAAGAAGAGGACACCCAGAAGGCUGUGAAAGACGAGCUGUGACGUGGAGACCAGCCCUGGCACCCCUGCCACGCCCUUCGGGGCCGCACCCCAGCAGCACAGCCUCCGGAGCCGCGUGCCCCCUGGGACAGGACG